UUUAUCUUUGGGCGUCGGUGAUGAUGAUAGUGGUGGUGUUGGUGGGAAGGGAGUGAAUUUCACGAACAAGAGCCGAAGAGAGUUGUCGGAGUCUGGGCAGCAUCAGCAGCAGGCGUAGUAACGAUGCAAACCGUGCCGCAGGACAACGGCCACGACCACGAGAAGCCGUGCCUCAGCGAGUCCCACGCGGUGAAGCUGGUGGAGCGCCUCUAUGGGGUGAGCGUGGCGGGGGUGAGCCCUCUGGCGAGCUACAUCGACCAGAACUACCGCGUGCUGGCGCGCGACGGCCGCCAAUUUGUGCUCAAGGUCACCAACACGCGGGACAGCCAGCGGCCGCAGCUGCUCGAGGUGCAGAUGGCCAUGAUGAGGUUCCUGCAGCAGAGGGGCUUCCCCAUGCAGGAGGUGGUGGACAACGUCAGCGGGAAGAUCAUGUCGCUCGAGAGCAUCGACUGCGGCGAAGGUGAGAAGGAGUUCAACGUGCGGCUGCUCACGUACCUGCCCGGCGUGCCGCUGUCCAGGGUGUUGGCGGACGGCAGCCUGUACUACCAGGUGGGCAAGCUGGCAGCAAGCUUCCACCAAGCCCUGCAGCAGUUUGAGCACCCGUUCCUGCACUACCUGCAACGAGACGAUUUCAUCUGGAACCUGUCCAACACUCACCUGCUCGAGGCCUACCUGUUCGCUCUGGACGGCGACCCCAACCAGGGCCUGGUCAGGGAGGUCAUCGCCAAGUUCCGCGAGGAGAUCCAGCCCAACCUGCACAAGUUCACCAGAUGCAUCAUCCACGGUGACUUCAACGACGACAACAUCCUGGUGCAGGAGGUGGACGCGGAGAGCGAGCGGCAGCCGGGGCCCAAGUCGGCGUCGGGCAACACGGCGAACGGAGCGCCGCGACACUGCGUCUCCGGCAUCGUGGACCUCAACUCGAUGAUGUUCGGCUACCACGUGUACGACCUGGCCAUGGCCAUCAUGUACAUGAUGGUGGAGAGCGGAGAGGCGAUGGAGGCCGGGGGUCACGUCCUGGCCGGCUACGAGAGCGUGCAGCCCCUCAGCGAGGACGAGAGGAGGGCCGUCUACUUCCUGGUGGCAUGCAGGUUCUGCCAGUCGCUGGUCAUGGCCCGCUACACGAUCCUGCGGUACCCGCAGAACGCCGACUACCUGCUGAUAACGGCGCGCACCGGCUGGGUGAAGCUACGCGAGCUCUGGACCAGGGGCCUGGAGGACAUGCAGAGGCUGUGGUCCGAUGUGGCGGCACGGUACAGAAACUAGAACGGCAGUGGGGAUCGAGCGGACGGCGAGGAGAGAGAAGGGGGAGUUGGUUGGUUGGGGGGGGGGGCCCACCGUGAGACGCGUCCUUCCACUCGCCCCACCGGUACCGCCCAAGGCUUCGCAAGGAACCGGUUUCAACUUGAACGUGGCGCCCGUUGGUUUUGGACAGGUGCGAUCUUUAAAUACGGAAUCUGAAAAAUGUGAAUUGCUCGUGCCAGGCACUUAAUGCAUAGAGGAGGUUUUUCGUGGCUUCAGGUUGAGGAGGCCACAAGCGCCAUCUCGGGUUUUCCAGUCUCGGGCGCGAUGGCGCGCGCGUCUGGUGGAUUCGUUGAGUAACUGGAAUGCGACGGCAUUGGCUUCAUCGGCAAUACGAUGCAAGUGCAUUGAGAGACCGUCUAAAUCCGCAUCCCUGGGAAUCGCCCAAAACAGGAACGUAUUUACUCAUUUUCUUCUUUGAAACAUUUCUGAGAUAGGAGAUGAUCGUAGACAAGAAGGACGAGGAAAGUUUUGGGCCUGGACUUGAACAGGGGGCAGUAAGAUGGGAGAUCUUAGUUGCUGGCGUGCAGAGAAUAUUGAAGGUGAUUAGAGUGAGGGGGGGGAGAGGUAGGAGCGUUUAGAGUCCAUGGAAGAUCUUGAAGACAUUGAAGGCGUCUUCAAGAUCCUCCAUCUUGCAGUUGAGUCGGAAUCAGGUUGAGAGCACAGUGGAGGGAUCGGAGUACCGGGUUGAUGCGUUCUCAUUGAUGGGUGCAAGUUAGAAGGCUGGACGAUCACUUGCACUUAGGAAGGUGGGGGAUUUGUGGAGUCCACAGAGAGGAGGAGUCCCUCCAUGAUUAAUCAAGGGGCAUGAUGAGGGCACGAAUAAUAUUCUUGAGCAGCAGUUCCAUCGGCGCUUUCUCCACCGGACAGGUCAGAGGUCGCAAACGGGUUUUGAUUCUGUACCCGUACCCGGCCGCACCAGGGUCGCAAACGGCUACCCGUACCCGGCUGGGUAGCCGGGUAUUGGGUAGGGUACGGGUAUCGGGUACCCGGUUGCGACCUCUGGGACAGGUGCACAUAUCUUCCCGGGAGAAACUGGUCCAUAAUUGGUCCCUAGCAAUGAAACUUCAUCAUCAUCAUCAUCACACUUUUCUUUCACGUUCCAGUUCUCAACGAAUCCACCUGUACGCACCAAGUGACGGGCGGGGGCAGCACAGGACCGUCGCAGACAAAACCCAUUGUUGUAUUGUGCUUCUAUGCUCCCGUGUCCAUUCUUGUCCACCUUUAACCCGCACUGACCGGCACGGUGAAUUGUGGUCGCGUAACCCCCAACGGACCAGCACGACGUGGGUGGUCGUCCUCGUGCAGCGGUGGUUUGACACGAGGCCUGUACGCGUGACUCUCAAUCUCACGUCACCGGAGGUCAGAGGUCACAACCGGGUACCCGAUACCCGUACCCGAUACCCGGCUACCCGUACCCGGCCGGGUACAGGUACCCGUUUGCGACCUCUGCCGGAGUUUGAACAAACCUGAAGUGGAAGCUGUUGUUUCCUCAACCUGGAGGCACUGGUCACCCACUGCCUUGUUGCAUAUGUACAUACACGGAUUUAUACAUAUUUCAACACACAUGUACAUUUGCUUUCCUUAGGUCACGUGUGUAUGCAUGUAUGUAUACAUGCAUGUGUACAUUCAUACCUACACACAUGCAUUCAUAUGUACAGAUAUAAAUAUAUAAGUCCACUAAUAAUUUACAUAGGGACAUGUUGGCAGAUCUAUACAUUUGUAAAUACAUUUACAAACAUAUACUCAUGUAUGUGUACGCAACACAUGUAUGGGUAUAUGUUUGUAUGGGGCGUACAUUGACACGUAUACAUAUUUCCAUACACAUACAUUUUUUUCCCAUAGGUCACGUGUGUAUGCAUGUAUGUAUACAUGCAUGUGUACAUUCAUACCUACACACAUGCAUUCAUAUGUACAGAUAUAUACAUGUAAGUCCGCUAAUAAUAAACGUAGCGACAUGUUGGCAGAUAUAUACAUCUGUAAAUACAUGUACAAACAUAUACCCAUGUAUGUGUACGCAGCACAUGCAUGGAUUAUAUGUUUGUUUGGGGCGUACCUUGACAUUGCUUACUUAGGCCUAUGUAAUUAUAUUCGUGUGUAUAGCACAUUUACCUGUACAGGGUGUCCUUGAAUGUACCCAUAAUUAAAUAAUCAUAAUUAUACAUCUAAUUGAACUGUGCGGUUCAAGUUUCUAGUUUGUUAUGUUCAUGCAGGAUGGUCUCGUGCAAGACUGACCUGGGGCAUUCGGAUGGCAGUAGGGAGAGUGAUGAACGCCAUGUUGCGAACUACGUCAAGGGAUCUUUAACGUGUCCUCCUGGCUGAAAUAUUGGCAGCAAAGAUUCCUUACCGUUGCGUGCAUUUGCCGAUUGCGAAAACCUUGAGCGAAUCCGUGUAGGCAGCACGCACAAAAAGCGCGCACUGAGUGUACAAAAUAGCUGCAUCCAUCAUCCAUCUUUCUAGAAUGGUCGUCGACAGCAGCACACGACAAAAGUAUGUGAAACGAUUGCAGGUGGGAUGUUGGCAAACGCCUGGGACUUUUAACUCUCGAUAUGAUGCGUGUCAACGCCGAUGGUCGACGUGGCGGUUGAGAGGGGGGGCAUGAGACCCGGAUGAUGAAAUCUUCACAUCACCAAGUGUGAUUGGGUAUGUGAUUUCAUAAACCGAGCUCGGACUGCAGUCCACUGUAAUUAAUGUUUUUCAGUGAUGGGUGGACACCCUGUAACAGGUACACUCACAAUCUUAUACAGUAGACGUGUACAUUGAGAUAUGUUAAAUGCAUGCUGUUAGAAUUAUGGUGUAUAUGUGUUACUGUUAGGGAUGUUCCAGAUUUUCGGACGAAUCUGAAAAAAUCUGACAAUCAGGCCGAAGACGUCAAAUUUGGGGCAAAAUAAAUAAAUAAUCGUUUUAUUGAUCUGAAAAAGUGAUGGCACCUUUUUGUGAGGUCACUUUCAUGCCAAGAGUGGUGUCACGUGACAUGAGGUAAUGGCCACGUGACAUCACUUGUUAAAACCCAAAAACGCAUAAAAAUUAGUACAUCGUGUAAGUGGUAAAAAAAAUCCAUAAAAAGAUCCAUAAUUGUUGUUACAAAUGCAAACAAAUAUUUUUUUAAAUCAGAAAAUCACCCGUAGUAUUUUACAUGCAUAUGCAUAUCUGUACACGUAAGUAUGGGUGUGCAUACACAAAUACUAGGCGUGUCGCUAUGCAUAGAUAAUAAACGACUCCUACACCCGCAAAGAUUCGCAUCUAAUCGUGCAUUUGGGAAUUGAUUAUUUAGAAGUGAUGCAAACGACAUCUGAGCGACACGAUACGCAUUGCAGUCGGGCAAAGUCGACUGAACGAAAACCGUAGAGACGAGAACGAAAAAAAAGCGUGAAUCAAUACAAAGGCGAGUUUAAUCACUGAUGGUGACCCAUUUUGCAGGACCGGUGUUUUUAUCGGUCAUGUAACAACGCAAGCGGAUCGAAUCCUCGACCGACGGUGAUUCCGUAUGCUCACAACACGUGGCAAAGAGUGAGCGUUAGAAUCGCUCAGUAAACCGUUUGGCCAACGUUGGUCGAACGUUCAUUCUUGCGCUGGCCCAGAAGUUCCACGUUUACUGGGAAGCCACUUGCAUUCCAUCCAUGCAAUCCACCUCAUUGAUUCGGUCACCUAAUCCCCGCAGCCACUAGAUGUGCCGCGUUCACCACAUUUGGUCAUUAAAACUAAAUUGUUUAAUCUUGAAUCCAUCGCAGCGCCCGGAAUCGUGACGAUACGUCGAACUGCUGGGUGGUGGGGGUAGUCUGAUUCGUACAUGCCUAGUAUUUACCUACAUGCAUAACCUGCGCACAGGAUAGUACUGGCAUAACGCGUGUAGCCAGUUUUACGCCUUCCAAAGUGCCUUUUUUUAACAAAACAGGAGAGACGCGAGCGGUCCAGUUACAGAGAGCUAUCCUCCAGAAACGAUGCUUGCGUUCCUCUGCACGGCUACGUCCUGGUGCGACAACCUGUGGUUAAUCACAACAUUGCUCAUCGCUCCCUGCCGUAGCUGCUUGUGCGUUAGGAACGUAUUUUUGCUGCAUCCAGCGCUGUCGACAAAACAGCGUUCACAUGUAGUUCACGCAGAUUUUCAGUGCAGCGUGCUGCAACGUUUGCCUAGCUUUGAACUAUUGUGUCGUGUUGUUUUAGUUUCCCGCUCCGCCCCCCCCCCCCUCUCCCGAAUAUAUUUCACGUUCAGUGUAUUUGUUUUGGCGCAGGUGAGAAGCAAAAUAAAAAUCGGCGCAAAAACAACUUUCGCCACGUAAAAUAUAAAAAUCGAAAAAAUAACAAAAAUAUAAAUGAAUGUUAAAGAAUAUAUUCCCGAUGGUGCUUGCCGAUGUGUUUUCCAAUUACACUGUCAAUAUCGUGCCUUUGUGCAAAGUAACCAUUUGAAAAUCCUGCAAAGCAGUGCACCACCCUGUGUGCCACGCACUUCCAAAAAGAAGUCUCCUGAAAAUUCAGUUAUUGAAAAACGACGUGUUUUGAAUGGCCAAACCCCUUUCAAAGCACCGUCUAUACGUACACACGCAAACCUGAACAGGCUAAGGCUGAAAUAAAGCAACAAUGCGGAUGCCGAAUUUUUUAAAAUUCCGAUGUCAUGUUUGGAUUUGACAUCCUUCAACGCUUCCAGACAAUACUUUCACAGGACCAAGCUUACAAACGACAGAACACACGCAAGUUUUAGCCCACGGAAUUUUUAAGAAGGCAAAUCGCAGUUUUCGGAUUUUAAAAUCUGAUGUCAUGUUUGGAAUUUGUCUCCCUUCAGCAUUUCCAGAUGCAAACUUCGAUUAGGUCUGAGUUUGUGGGGAAAAAAAAACACCCAAGUCAAAAAUGUUUUGGUCCUACAUUUGAGGGGCCUGUAAUGAAAAUGCCGGUUUUUCAAUUUUUCCAAGUCGUAAAAUGUCGAGACUAGGCUCUCGUUGUUUCAAUUUUAAUCUCUCCAAACGCUUUAGAACAUCAUUGUAAUCGACAUCGCUCGCUCGGUGAACUUAGAUUGGGGAGACAUGAAUGGUUAUGUUAAGUGGCUUAUUAUUACUGGAAUCUUUAGAUGUUAAUAAUCAUUAUUUAGUUGCGGUUGAUGAUCAAAUGUGACGGUGCUGUCGUUAUGGUCUCUAGCAAUUGCACCACAAUCGAGGGGUGUCCCAGAAUGACCUGGUAACCCACACUUGUUAUUGUUCUCUCUAACGCCACGUGUGACUUCUUUGAAGCGCUUGACAAUACAAUCAUCCCAUCAACUUCCCCCGUACGGAUGUUCCGCACAGUGGCCUCGAAACAUUCGCUCCCAUCAUCUCCUCCAUCCCCUUACUCUCUUUUACAAAGCCCUACCUCUCACGAAGGUGAGCUGCUUGUUGUGUGGGUUAUCAAGUUUCCCUAACACGCCCGCCAGUUGCAGUAGAAUCUGGCUAUGAGCACACCCUUUACAGAGCAAGGCCGCCAGUGUAACGUAAGAAUGUGUUGCCAUAUAAGAACUGUGCUUAUAGCAGGUGUGCUUAUAUCCAGCUCCUACUUUAUCUGUUUUUAUUUGCCAAUGAUUAUUACCCAGGGUCCACAGCAUGGCGGCUCGUCGCUCGUGACGCCCACAUGCAGUGUUGUGUCAACGCAAACCACAAUGCAAUGCGAUUUUUGUUAUGGAAGUGUCCGCAUGCGACCCCUAAUGACCUGCGGUCUAACCGCGCGCCGAUCUCAUCUUGAGCAGGUUUUGAGCCUGGAUACUGUUCGGAUGGGCGACCAUCUUGCACAAAACACAGGUGCAGUCGUAGUGGGCGAUCCGGGCAGUAGAGGGCAGUGCAGCGAAAUCGAUGUUGUGUCUGUACUCCCCCUGACCUUUUACCAAAACACGCUGACGUGUGGUCAGAUAACCCCUCACCACCCACUGCUGUGCUGGGUGGCGUGAUCCCUUAUCCAGCAGUGGAUUGACAAACGGGAGAUGUAUACACGCACACAACACACGCAUGGCCGUGUAGCCAAGACGAAAGAUAAUCCGUUGGAUCUCUUUGACACAAUGGAAUUGUAUCGAACAAAUUGUUCAGUCAUUUUCACAAGUGAGGGGGAGAGAAGGGGGUGGGUGGGGGUGGACCUUUUUCAACUCUGACCUCUUUUUAACUCGCUGGUUGCCCCCCCAGUGAUCCGGCAGAGGCCGUGGUUUCAUUCCGGGGGUUUGUGCAGUGCACGGAAUUUAUAGCGGUCCGCAUCCAGUUUGGCCAACCAUCACUACACCCCCCACCCCCCGUACAUUUCACGUACAACCAGAGGACCAAAGCGCCCCGCAGUUCAUUCAGUCUUCACGCGUGGCGCGCCCGCACGCAAGGAGGCCUUACAUUUCUCAUGGAAUAUUUUCCGGGUCGCUGGUAGACCGGAGAAGGCACACGUGAUUUUUGUUUUUGUGUAGUCACGGCCGUGGUGUGAUAAGUGAGUACUGGAUGUGGUGUGCCGGGUUGCGGGACAUGGUUGAAAUUAAGGCCCGCUCACAUGCGAAUCUGUGGGUGAUGAUAAUACUGUCAGAAUCUUUUUUUCCCCUAUUCAUUUACCCAGGAAAUCUUGACUGGUUAUGAGAUGUUCUAUUCAUGAUGUUCCAGCUUUCAGAUGUUUGACCAAUUCCUUUGUAGCUUGUUUGGCUCGUGAGAGGAAACCAGAGAAACUCGGGGAGAACCUGGGCAUACGAAGGGGGGGGGAUAACACUCAACAACUGCACAGAUGGAUUUAAGAAAACCAACGUACACCGACAUCUGUUGGCCCACUUGCAGCGCAAGGCCUAAAACGUCUGCUUUUCCCAGACAGUCUUCAAGUUAAGCACUAAACCCAGGCUCUUCUCCGGCUGAGCUUCAAAGAUCUGACGAGAUUUGGUGCAUUCUGGGUUAAUUUUGUUAUUUCGUGAGUUGCGGUUGCAUUCAGAUAUUUAAAAAAAAUCUAAACUACAGUUGACCUUAGAACCCUCAGACACGGGCGUGGGGAGUCCUGGCCUCGUGAAAGAUCAGUCGACUUUCCUGCGUUGCCAUGACCUUCCACUCGGCGGACUUUGGGAACUGUAGUGGGGCGGGGGUGGUGGGUGUUUGAUGGUUCUGCUGUAAAGGUUUCCUCUACAAAAGUGGGACACUCCGGGUCGGCACGGUCAAGAGUGUUGCGCAGCCGGUGUGUUGAUGUGUUGUCCAGACUUCUCCAUUCGUAUGUGAAUAUCAUAAUGCGUGUUGCACUCCUGUGUAUAUUGUACCCUUUUUUUUGUGCUAAAUGUGAAAAUAAAGUGAGCUCAUGAGGAUA